AUGAGAACAUCUGUUGCGUGGUUAGUUACAAUCGCAGCCUCCCUUUUCAUAUCCUCGACGGAGGGAGCUAAACAUUCAGCUAAAAUGAAUAGAAUCCCAUUGGAAGAAACGUUAGAUGCUUCGAGGUUUAAGGACUACACUGCUGCAAUGGCUCAAAAAUAUGUCAAUAUGUUCAAUUCCGCUGCUGAUGACGGCAACAAAGUUGUUUUUGGACAGAAUGGUAAGCAAGAGCCACAAGUUCCAUUUGUUGAGCAAGCCUCUCAUGAAGCACCAUUAACGAACUACAUGAAUGCUCAAUAUUUCACUGAAAUUGAAAUUGGAACACCAGGCCAAAAAUUUAAGGUAAUUUUGGAUACUGGGUCAUCAAACUUGUGGAUUCCUUCGAAAGAAUGCUCUUCCUUGGCAUGCUUCUUACACUCCAAGUAUGACCAUGAUGCUUCAUCCACCUACAAGGUCAAUGGCUCUGAGUUCAGCAUUCAAUAUGGAAGUGGAUCCAUGGAAGGCUUUGUUUCCCAGGAUCUUUUAACUAUUGGUGACUUGAUUAUCCCCAAGCAGGACUUUGGUGAGGCAACAAGUGAACCUGGUUUGGCUUUCGUAUUUGGAAAAUUCGACGGUAUUCUUGGCUUGGCUUAUGAUUCUAUUUCUGUCAACAAGAUGGUGACUCCUGUUCUGAAUGCCAUUAGCCAAGGUCUCUUGGAUGAACCUCAAUUUGCCUUUUACUUGGGUGAUAAUUCUAAAAAUGAAGAUGAUGGUGGUGUAGCUACUUUUGGUGGUUAUGAACAAACUUUAUUUAGUGGUGAUAUCAAAUGGUUACCAGUUAGAAGAAAGGCCUACUGGGAAGUUUCUUUCGAUGGUCUUGGAUUAGGUGAUGAAUACGCUGAAUUGAAGUCUACAGGUGCUGCCAUUGAUACUGGUACCUCGUUAAUUACGUUACCAUCAUCCUUGGCUGAGAUUGUUAACGCUAAGAUUGGUGCUGAGAAGAAAUGGUCUGGUCAAUAUGAAAUUGACUGUGCUACCAGAGACUCGUUGCCAGAUUUUACUUUCACAUUCAGUGGUUACAAUUUUACGUUGUCUCCAUAUGAUUAUACAUUAGAAGUUAGUGGUUCAUGUAUAUCAGCCUUCACACCAAUGGAUUUCCCACAACCUAUUGGGGACUUGGCAAUUGUUGGUGAUGCCUUCUUGAGAAGGUAUUAUUCGAUUUACGACUUGAAGAAAGACGCUGUUGGUUUGGCCAAAGCUAAAUAG